AUGCUAGAUGCUGCAAAUUCACUUAUGGAGAAGGCAAAGAGUAAAGGAGUUCGUGUUCUGCUCCCAGAGGAUGUGGUUAUAGCAAAUAUGUUUGCUGCUGAUGCCAAUAGUGCGUUUGAAAAGUUUGCUGCUAGUAUUGUGGCGAUUGCUGAGAAGCUUGUAGAGCUAAGUAACAAGAAAGUUAUGACUAUUGUUCGAGGUGGUGACACUGUUGCUGCUGUGAAGAAGGUUGGCUUUGCUAGCAUAAUGAGACACGUUUCAACAGGAGAUGGUUCAAGCUUGGAGCUUCUUGAAGGGAAAGCCCUCCCUGGAAUCCUUGCUCUUGAUGAUGUGUAA